AUGGCGCAAAAAGUAAUAAUAAUUCCCACACUCUCAAUUUGGGCGGAAAUUCAUUUCCCACUUUUUCUUCUAACAAUUGAAAAAAAAAAUCGCGUCGAACACGAAGAACUGAAAACCCCAGAUCGGCGCAGCCUGCUACCCCGACCGCACACCGACUUCCUACUCCGGCGAUCCUCCGCUCAACCGGAGUUCGACUUCUCAGUCUACCGUCUCUUCUUCUCAUUGCGUCGCGCCGUCAUCUAUUUCCGCCGUUCAUUGGUCAAAGGUUUCCUUGAAAAAGCCGUUGUUAGUGCUCAAGAAAGUCAAGCAUAUGGAUGGAGAAAGUUGUAG